AUGCAGUUCAUACUCUUAUUAUCAUACUUCGUAUCGGUUUCACUUGCCAUCAAUUAUGCGACUUAUCCACAAGUCCCAAAGACUGCUUCGAUCAAUGGUUUUGCCGACCCAAUCUUCUCUAAGAUACCUUCAUGUGCUCAAGAUUGCGUAAAGUUUGGUACUGGGAAUACACCAUGCCCAUAUUGGGAUACUGGAUGUUUAUGUGUUAUGCCCCAAUGGUCUGGUCUAGUUGCUCAGUGUGUUGCGCAGAAUUGUAAAGGUUCUGAUGUUGCAGACGUUGCUAGCUUGGCUACAUCUUUGUGUUCAAGUGUGGGUGCCAAUACUUGGAUGAUGCCUGGUUCCAUUUCGACUGAGCUUUCAUCUGCUGCUGGAAACGCUAGAGCUGGUAGUGCUGACGCUUCCACUACUGGCAGUGUUUCGGCUUCUACAACUGCAAGCGGUUCUGGUGCUUCGAGUGGCUCUGGAGUUGCAUCUUCAACCCAAGAUUCCUCUAGAACAAGCUCUUCCGGCGGUUCCUCGUCCAAAAUCUCUUCGUCUUCAUCCUCAAGCAAUUCUGCUACUGCUUCCGGAUCUUCCUCUUCUACUAAGAAUUCGGGGGGAUUGUUGGCUGCCAGUGCCCUUGCAGUUUUUAUCUCCUCAUUAUUCUCACUCUUCCUUUAG